GAUAGUUUCUCUUUGGCCGAACUUGAUUCGCAGUAUGAGAAUUUUCUCGACCUUGUUGCCUUUUUUUCUUUUCCCAGGAGGUGUACUUAAAUAAAAAGUUGUUAGUUACAUCGUAUGGCAAAAAUGAGCCACGACAAGUUGCUCACGGUUGCAUGAGCACACAGUAUUUAGCUAAAGCCAGGAGCAGAUUGAUAAGUUGGUUUAAGCGACAGGAUGAAGAAACGAACCAAAAGUGAGAAAAUACAGGCAAAAGCCGCGGCGACAAACGAGGCAGCAGCAGCACCGAGCGACAAAGAAGCGCAAACAAAUAGAGGUAGCAGCACCUCGACGUCUCGUAGCGAGAAAGCACAAGCGGGAACAGCUCCUGAGCCGUCCUCAUCUUCUCUUUUCGGCGCCGACAGUUCGGACAGCGAUGCUGAUGUUGACCAGAAGAACAAGUGUCAGAAUGGAGGCGCUUCUGGAAGUGCUGGCUUCGAGAAACUGUCGGUGAACCGUAAAUUUGCGGAGAAAUUCGAGAAGCGCAAGGAUGCUGAAGAGUUGGCUUACGCAAGGCGGACGCUGGAGGAAGAGGGCGCUCGAAGCAGCGAUUCAGAGGAUAGUGAUUCCGAAGACGAUGAUGCCCGUCUUCUGGGCAACGACGUUGGCUCCAAGGUGUUAGACACCCUGCAGCGUAUCCGAAAUCGCGAUGCCAGCAUCUAUGACGGCAAGACGCAGUUCUUCCGCUCCGGCGACUUCUUCGCGGAGAGACGGACAGAAAAACGAAACAAGGGCGCCAAUCCAGCCGAAGAUGACAAAAGUGAAGAUGCUGCUGAAAAUGCUAAUAAGGACAAAGGGACGACGAGUAGUUCUUCGAGUACAACAGGAGGUGCAAAAAAGAAGAGUGCCGAUGGACCGAUUCUAUACAAGGACCUGUUGAGAGAAACGUUGCUUGAGGGAGGUGCGGAUGCUUUUGAGCGAGACGAGCAGGAACUGAGGCGGCGUGCCAAAGAGAGCGGCACGGAUAAAAACGCAGCUGAAUUAGCGGAAAUCAAAGCUGAAAUUCGUCGUGGCGCUUUCAACAAAGAGGAAGAUGACAGUGACGACGGAGAGGACGAUGGAGGCUUAUUCACUGUUGUUAAAAAGCAUGCUGGCGACAAAGACGCUGAUGAUGCCGAGACUGGAGAGCAGACGCAUGACAGGGAAACCAGUUCUGCUUCCGGCGUAAACUUGGCCCGGAAGAAGUCGUCGCGCGCUCUGCUUGCAGACAAGUAUUGGGGUGCGGAAGAGAAGCUGUCUGAGAAUGAAAAAUUUCUCAGAGACUACAUUCUAAACGAGGGAUGGAAGGAUCCAACCGGAAAACAUGGAUUCUCUGACGCACCAGGUGGCGCAUCCGGAAGAGCGAAGGAUCAAGUUAAGGCAGUCUAGAUUGAUAUCUUUAUAAAUAUAUAUUUUUGAAAAAUUCGUUCUCGUUUUUCGGUCUUUAUCAUGAAGAAAGAUUCGAAGGUCCUUCUUGUUUUUUCAAGCUCAGUCACAGCAGCCUCCUCAAUACUAUCGAUUCGCCCAGCACUGGGUUCGUACUGGUCGUUGUACUUGUUCCACUUCCACCAGGUGCAGCAGUUUUUUAAGUAAGUAAAAGAAACGGAGUACCGUAAACCAACCAGCUCUAAGAAAUGAGGAGACGAUAGCGAGGAUAGUGAAGACUUGGCUGCGCAAGACGAGUUCGAAGCUGAUUACAACUUCCGAUACGAACAUGCGGGACUCGGUGAAAGAGGAGAGAUUCCGACCUACAGCCGUAGCGUCCCAAAUAGUGUUCGACAGGUACAGAGAGCUUUGCUACUGAUUGAUAACCAUGAAAAGUGAAAGUCUCCAAUACCUAUGAAUGUCAUAUUGAUUUUGUUAUAUUUAUGUUUUAUUCUUUCUGCUUCUGGCUUUUCCAGGAGUCGUACUGACGACAUGGCUACAAUUAUCUGUCCUCUUUUGUACUGGACUGCUCGUCAUCGUCUGAUGAUGAAAAUUUCCAUCGAACAUAGGUCGACGACAAGCGACGACGAAAGCGCGUUGAGCGGAAGGAACGAAAGGCGGCUGAGGCGGUUAGAAAGAGCGAGGAGCUAAAGCGUUUGCGAAAUCUGAAACGCAAGGAGCUUCAGCGACGUUUGCGACAGAUCGAGAAAACCACCGGCAAAGACGGCAGCCUAGUGGCCUCAGAGACGCUGCAAGCUGAAGCCGAGAAGUACGACAAAAUUUUCGAGAACGAAGAUGACGAGGAUAGCCAGAAGGGUUCGGAGGAAAAUACUCGAGAAAAGAGUUUCGCGAAAUUGCUCGAACAGGACUACGACCCAGAAAAUUACGAGCGCGAAAUGGCAGCUUAUUUGGGAGAAGACUUUGAGGCUGCGGCAGAAACCCUUGAUCCAAAGGCGUUGAAGGAGCUGACGCGCGAGGGCGAGCACGAAGAGGACUGGGGCGACUGUGACGGCGAAGACUGGGCUGAAGAGGUGGGAGAGGAUAGAGGCGCUUAUCAAGAAGGUGACGACUCCACCUGGCAAGAGCAAGAGGGUGGAAGAUCAUGUGACGAUCAGAACCAAGAUCACUACGGGGAUCAAGUAGAAGACGAUGCUUCUAUGAAAGUGGAUGACAAUGACGAGAACAACGAGAUGUGGUUCUUGUGCGAUGAAUGUCAGGAGACGAUUCUGCCUGGUAAAAAUUUUUAUGAGAGUGUGCAAAAAGCUGACUUCACAUUGUGCCAGAAGUGUUUUAAGAGCGGCAAGAAGCGUAAGGAGAAGUUUCAGCGGAAAAAGGUGCCCGGCCACUGCCAACCACCAGCAGAUUGGACAGCCGAAGACAGCGAAAAGCAUUUCACAGCGAAGAAAGCGGAGUUGACGUCCGCAAAAGGAGGGGCUAAGAAAGCCGAGAUGGGUCUUCGCGUCGCAAAUGGUGCAACAGAAGAGAAUGACGAAGAUGACCCAAAUUCGAUUUACAAGAUCCGGGAUUUCGGUGGUGUGAAAUUCCAAUACUCUCGCGUAAAAGGUGACAACUUCAACCUGAGCGUUGAGGAUAUUUUGGCGCGACCGGACAAGGAGCUGAACCGCAAAGCGACUCUGAAGAAGGUGACCAGGCCCUACUGGGACACGUCUACCUACACAGACGAGCGAACAGAGCGCUACGAGGCUGCGAAGAAGGAACUGCGAAAGCAGAAGCGCAAGAAACCGGUAAAGAUGACUGGUCUUGAUCGCGAUCGUCUCAAAGCCUACCAAGUCAAGGCCCCAAUCCUAGUAAAGAAAACCAAAAAGGAAACGUAAAAAUGCUGUAUCUUUUGGGAUGACUAAAAAUGUCGCGUGCGAUUGGCGUUGUACUAGUUGUUGUGCAGGACGACGGCGGUGUAGUUUUUGAUUUCUGAAGGGGUCGUGGUGAUCGUGGUGGUUAUUGCUACACGUAGACCUAGACAGGCGCUUCCAAUGAAAAGCAGUCGAAUGAUGUCACAAACUUAGCUUUCACAUAUUCCAGACCGUCACAGUCACAUCUCUCAACGAACUACAUCAACUAAUUCUUGCAAUUCAUGUUCAUCUCCAAGAACUUUUUAUGAUACAACAACUUCUGCUACUGCUUCCGCAGUCACAUGUUAUGGUUUUAAGAG